CUAGCUUCAGAGUGUGGCGCUGUUCCCGGGAGCUUUUUGUCCUCUACAAGACGCCGUAGUUUAGAGGUGUUUCCGCGUCGGACGCUAUGUUGUAGUUCCGGGUUAGCUCUUGGCUAACAAGGUUAGAGACAAAAUAAGACUUUUACUCUGCUAGACUUCACACAAUUGAUCUGGGCGAAUUGCUUAAAUUCUGAGAGUGAGUCCAGUCAUGUAACGGACGUAGUGACGUUCAAAAACACGUAUCCACGGUUUUACAGACGUUUCUUACACAAUGUUAGCUUAUGGAAAAAGUCUUUUUGGGCCGCAGUGCAUCAUGGGACGGUGUAAUUACACCGUGUGGCCGCUAUGAAAACUAGCUUCAGAGUGUGGCGCUGUUCCCGGGAGCUGUUUGUCCUCUGCAGGACGCCGUAGUUUAGAGGUGUUUCCGCGCCGGACGCCAUGUUGUUCAAACGUUCCGGUGCCCUGCAGAGUAAACAGCGUCAACAGCGACCUGCUUCAAGAAUCCGCGCUAAAACCACAUUCAGUGUCCCACAAGGUGAUGAAGCUGCAGCAGCAACGAUGAGGACUGUUAAAGUGCAGCCGAGGUCUCGAUUCUGAUCCUGGUGUUUGGUUCCUCCCACAGUCCAGGGAGGUGUAGAGACGGUACAGCAGGCGACGUUGGCUCAGAGGCAGCAGGUCACAGGACUCAACAUUCACUCAGAGACAAAAUGGCUUCCAGUUCAGAGGAAUAUCUCUGCUGUCCAGUUUGUCAGGAUGUCUUCAAAAAUCCUGUUGUUCUGUCCUGUAGCCACAGCUUCUGUAAAGACUGUCUGCGGAGCUGGUGGAGACAGAAACAAAUGCAGGAUUGUCCGGUUUGUAGGACAGUGUCUUUAACCAGACAACCACCUGUUAGUCUGGUCUUAAAGAACCUGUGUGAAGCCUUCUUGUUAGAGAAAGACCAGAGAGUUUCAGAUGGUCUCUGCAGUCUGCACUCUGAGAAACUAAAACUCUUCUGUCUGGACCAUCAGCAGCCGGUGUGUCUCGUCUGCAGAGACUCAGAACAACACACCAACCACAGAUUCAGACCCAUCAAUGAAGCUGCACGACAACACAAGAGGAAGGUUGUAGAAACUCUGCCGACCUUAAAGGAGAAGUUACAGGUCUUUAAAAAGGUCAAAGUGACGCUCGAUCAAACAGCAGAACACACAAAGGUCCAGGCCCGACACACAGAGAGGCAGAUUAAGGAUCAGUUUAAGAAGCUGCACCAGUUUCUAGCAGAGGAAGAGGAGGCCAGGAUGGCUGCACUGAGGGGGGAAGAGGAGCAGAAGACUCGGAUGAUGAAGGAGAAGAUUGAAGCUCUGAGCAGAGAGAUAGCAGCUCUUUCACACACAGUCAGAGCCACAGAGGAGCAGCUGAGAGCUGAAGACGUCUCAUUCCUGCACAACUACAAGGCUGCAGUGGAAAGAGUCCAGCAGCGCCCCCUGCUGGAGGAUCCACAGCUGCCCUCAGGAGCUCUGAUAGACCAGGCCAAACACCUGGGCAACCUGAGCUUCAACAUCUGGAACAAGAUGAAGGACGUGGUCUCCUACACUCCUGUGGUUCUGGACCCAAACACUGCUCAUCCAAUCCUGAUGCUGUCUGAAGAUCUGAGCAGUGUGAGAGGAGGAGGGAAUCAGCAGCUUCCUGAUAAUCCAGAGAGGUUUGAUAACCUCUGCUCUGUCCUGGGCUCUGAGGGCUUUAACUCAGGGACUCACAGCUGGGAGGUCGAGGUUAGAGAUAGUACAUACUGGGCACUUGGUGCAUUAGCAGAGACUUACCGGAGGAAGGAUUACGUAUGGUCUGGAUUCUGGCAUAUUCAGUUAUACAACAGUAAAUACACAGCACACUCACCAUUAUCUUCAGACACUGUUCUCAUCGAGCAGAAGAAGCUCCAGAGGAUCAGAGUGAUUCUGGACUGUGACAGAGGGAAGCUGUCGUUCUCUGAUCCUGACACUAACACACACAUACACACCUUCACACACACUUUCACUGAGAAGAUGUUUCCAUACAUUCACAGUCUGGAUAUACUGAAGAUAUUACCACUGAGGGUGUGUGUGACACUGGAACAGAGCAGGUAGAGAAAAAGAUGAUGCUUAUAUUAUAUCAGACCUGUUUUGCUUCACCUGCUGCUUCAUCACUCCAAAUUAUUACAUUUUUUGUAUAUUUGGCAUUUUAUCAUGUCAGUAAUGUGUCAUUUAAAACAGUUUUUUUGUUUUGACUCGUGAGCAUUGUCCUGAUUAUAGACGAUCACUCUCUGGAAGCUGAUGGAUCCAAAUGAAGGAAAAAAAAUCACUUCAUGAAUAGUUCAACAUUUUCUGAGUUUCCCUCACAACGUUUCACAUCUCAGACACAAUUUAAGCAUCAGAUCAUGAACAAAUUCUUAUUAUCAAACACAAACCUUUUUAUAAAAUACUGAGAUGAGCUUUGACAAUAUCACAGUUUAGCAUCCAUUCAUUUCAAAUAUUGUCAGUUUUUUCAUCUCUUUAGACAAAAGCCUUUUCUGUUUGGCUUCUGUGUGAUAUUACAAAUUUGUUCAAUUUUGACAGUUUUACAGUUUAGUUUCUGGCUUUUAUAUCAAUUUAUUUCACCUUGUAGCGUCUUCAGGUGAUGGUGUCAAGCUUCCAGGUUUGUCAUCAGUGCAGUCUGAUGCAAUUUAUCUCACACUCAUACAUUUUUUUCAGUGUAUAUAGCUUCAAGCAAUCUUUCUGCUUGUGUUUUAUUGUUCGUGUAGUGCCAAUAAAUGAGAGUGAUGAAUGUAA